GAUGUAACAUUAUCAGCCCAAUGUUUAUUUUGGUGAAAUAAGGCACAUGACUUUGGGGGUCAUGUCUUAUCUCAUCUAAUUCGACCAUCAUAAGCCUCGUAAAAUCCUCUCCAAUAAGGCCUCUGUGGCACUACAUCUCAUUCAAUGUACCUCUUCUCUAGAAUGGUCUAGUAGACAGAAUACUCUACGUAUAUAAUACGUAGACUUCACCUGAAUAUUGCAACCCCAUCACUAGAUAACAAUCACUCUUUUCUUUUCGUUCAUAUCCACUUCGACAGUACUCAUUACACUACAAUUUUCAUACCACGCUCACUUACAACCUUCUUGUCAAUACAAGCUGUCUCAUCACAAAAACCUUUUUCUACUCGCAUAUCAGUCUAUCUCUCCUUUCAUCAUGCUUUUCGACUUCAAGUCCGCCAUCAUCUUGGCCCUCGUCGCCAGUAUCUCUGCUGCUCCCACUCUUACAGAAGAGAACUCCUCUCUUGAAGUUCGGGGAGGUAAAACAAUCAAAGAUGUUGAUUGUGGUGGCGUGAAAUUCACCCGCGCUGAUAUCCAAGCUACAAAGAAUGAGGAGCAUUUAAAAAAAGGAGCAUAUCCCAAAAGAUACUAUAACUUGGACAAACCUAAGAUCUUUGGCACACCAAAAGAACUGUACGAAUAUCCCUUGACGGUUCCUGUUUAUCAAAAAGGAAAAGAACCGGGAAAAUAUCGUAUGGUUCUCGAUGAGGAUUAUAACUAUCAAGGAACUAUGUACCAUGUAGACGGAGUCUCGAACGCUUUCAAGGCAUGCACCUAAGUCAUUUAUUUGAGGAGUACUUUUCGAGAGCUUUUAUUUGUUAUGGCCUAUUUCAUUGUUAAGAUUAUUUUUAGAUUUGAAUUUAAAGAAAUGAUA